UACUUCCUCCGAGACUACAUUUCCCAUAAUGCACUCGGAGCAGAAGGCAGCGUUAAUAAACAGAGCGGAUCAUGGCGGCUGACAGUGAUCCCGAGUGUGAGGUGUUUGAGAUCACGGAUUUCACCACAGCGUCCGAGUGGGAGAGGUUCGUGUCCAGAGUCGAGGAAGUGCUCAACGACUGGAAACUGAUCAGCAGUAAUGUUGGAAAGCCUCCUGAAAAGGGAGAGUACACCACGGGCACGUGGGAGGAGGAGUCACGUGAGAUCAACUUCGCCGAUUUCAAGUUUUCCAUCACGCACCAUUACCUGAAACAGGACUGUGCUGAGGGCGAGGGGAAGGAGGACGGCGAGGAAGAUGCCUUUCCUCUGGCCAUGCAGGACCUGCUGUGCAUGAACAAUGACUUUCCUCCAAGAGCUCACUGCCUUGUCAGAUGGUACGGAGUGCGGGAAUUUGUGGUCAUCUCACCUGGAGCGAACUGUGAAGCCAUUAUCAGCGAGUCCAAGUGCAACCUGCUGCUCAGCUCCGUCUCGAUCGCUUUGGGAAACACUGGCUGCCAGGUGCCGCUGUUCGUGCAGAUCCAGCAGAAGUGGAGGAAGAUGUACGCGGGCGAGUGCCAGGGCCCCGGGGUUCGUACCGACUUCGAGAUGGUGCAUCUGCGUAAGGUUCCCAGCCAAUACAACCACCUCUCAGGCCUGCUGGAUAUCUUCAAAGCCAAAAUAGGCUGCCCUCUGACACCGCUACCACCCAUCAACAUCGCCAUCCGCUUCACCUACGUCCUCCAAGACUGGCAGCAGUACUCCUGGCCCCAGCAGCCUCCUGACUUCGACGCACUGCUUGCCGGAGAAGUCGGAGGCGUCGAGUUCGGCAAACUUCCGUUCGGCGCUUGCGAAGAUCCAAUAAGUGAGCUGCACCUGGCGACAACCUGGCCUCACCUGACCGAAGGCAUAGUUGUGGACAAUGACGUAUACUCUGAUUUGGACCCCAUCCAAGCUCCUCAGUGGUCCGUCAGGGUGCGGAAAGCGGACAAUCCGCAGUGUCUGCUGGGUGACUUUGUCACCGAGUUCCUCAAGCUGUGCAGCAGGAAGGAGUCCACGGAUGAGAUACUGGGAAAGAGUUCGGCCGAGGAGGAAAGUAAAGAAAACAGCGACAUCACUCAAGCGUUGUCGAAGCUGACGGAGCCCUCGGCGGUGCCCAUCCCUAAGUUGUCCGUCUCAAACAUGAUGCACAGCGCCCGCAAACGCAUUCGCCGGCACCGCCGUAACGAUCAGUCUCCGCUUAAUAGCGACGUCCUAAACUCCAUACUACUGUAUCUUUUCCCAGAUUCGGCGCUGGACAAAUCGGACUCCAACGAACCCAAAGCGCCUCAGGUCAACGCUGGAGGAAAGAGCGAUCAAGAUAAAGAAACGGAGGACGCGAAUCUGUUUAACGUCCUGAAGUCCUCUCCGUGGGACUGUCUGACCUACAGGCUGGCGCUGUGUGUGUGUUUGGUGAAUUUCUACCACGGCGGUGUAAGAGCGGUGGCCCAUCUUUGGCAGGAGUUCGUCCUGGAGAUGCGCUAUCGCUGGGAGAACAAUUACCUCAUCUACGGGUUGCCCGCAGGCCCUCCUGAUCUGCGAUGCUGCUUACUCCACCAGAAACUCCAGAUGCUCAACUGCUGCAUCGAGCACAAGAAAGCGAGGGACAACGCCCGGAAAGACGCAGCAGGUGAAAACGGACUCCCGGUGCCUCAGGUGUCACCGGGGAAGUCCUGGGACUCGUGGAGUGACAGCGAGGACGAGUUCUUCGAGUGUCUGAGCGACGCCGAGGACGUGAAGGAGCCGCCGGCGGAUGGAGCUAAAGGAGCCGGAGCCAAAACGAAGCCAGAGGGUCGACUGCAGCCUCAUGGAAAGCUCACCCUGCUCAACUCGAGCGAGCCGCUGUAUAUACCAGUAACGCAGGAGCCAGCUCCCAUGACUGAGGACGUACUAGAGGAGCAGUCGGAGGUGCUGGCCAAACUGGGUACUUCGGCCGAGGGCGCCCAUCUCCGUGCUCGCAUGCAAAGUGCCUGCCUGCUCUCCGACAUGGAGUCCUUCAAGGCGGCCAAUCCUGGAUGUUCCCUCGAGGAUUUUGUGCGCUGGUACUCGCCAAGGGACUACGUGGAGGAGGAGGUGAACGAUGAGGCGGGCGCGACGGUGGUUCAGGGAUCACUGAGUGCCAGGAUGAAGAUCCCGGGUAACAUGUGGGUGGAAGCAUGGGAGAGCGCCAAGGCCACGCCAGCACGCAGGCAGAGGCGGCUGUUCGACGACACCAAAGAGGCCGAGAGGGUGCUGCACUAUCUGGCAGUGCAGAAACCCUCUGACCUCACACGACACCUGCUGCCCUGCAUCGUCCAUGCCGCUAUACUCAAAGUGAAGGAGGAAGAGGCGGUCGAGGACAUCGCCUCGGUGCGUAAGAUCGUUCCGCAGGUCGUCUCACAUGCCAGUAAGCUUCUGCGCCACCCCAAUCCUGAUCUUAAGAAACUUGAGGACACUAUUAACCAGAUCACGAUGCUGGAGGCUACCGUCGCCCGAGCUCGCUCUCUCAGAGCCAAGUUCGGCCUCGGGAAAGGAGACAGAGGAGAGGACACCGAGGAUCUCGAGCUGUUCGUGAGCUCUCUGCUAGAAGAGCCGGAGGUGGCCGUGAUUGGCGCGGGGCGGGGUCCGGCAGGCAGCAUCAUCCACAAACUGUUUGUCAGCGCUCAGCGGGCUGCCCUGCUGGCACCGUUAGACGAAGAAGCAGGCCGAGUGGGCGGGCCCGACGACCGCAAACCGGCAGGAGGCGGAGUUCCAUAUUUCCCACCCCCAGCCGGACGGGAGAUCCUGCUGCGUACGUGUGUUCCGCGGCCGGCGCCGUAUUCCAAAUCCCUGCCCCAGCGCCUCUUCUGCGUCCUCAUGAGGGAAGACUUCCGGCUAGCCGGAGCGUUCUCAUCCGACACCUCGUUCUUCUGAGGAGAACCGCUCGAGGAACCGGAGGUGAAUGGUUAAGGACGCGGUGGAUCUGAUUUAACACGUGGGAAUCUUGAGGUCUCGCUGGCUGAAGUUCCCGGACAGGGCCUCCUCUAAGAACUAAUAAAGAAACAAAGUUAUCAUGGGGUUAAAACCGAUUCGGAUGUUUUAUUUUUGGGGCGUCUUGUUUCUAGAUCAGGUCCUUUGGGUAACUUCGCCCUCGAAUUCUGUUCUGUUCAAUCACUUAUGAAGCUGUCCAGUUGGGUCGCCAAACACCUCGGUAAUAGUAGCCUGUCAAGUUUCCCCCACAUAUUCACAGGACGCACUUACUUAAAUUAUGUUUAUGGAAAAGAUAUUCAGGUGGUAAUGUGGGGUAAAUAUUUCUCUUUUUUUUUUUUUUAUUAGUUAAAAAAUUUAAAUCUACAUGGGCAUGCCUUGUGCAAACUGAAAUAAGAAAAGUUUAGCAUUAUACCUGGGAUUAAACAUGAGGAUUGUGUGUACUCAGAAAAAGAAAUGUACAUUUAUGUAAAUCAGUGUUCCCAGAAAUAACAUGGAUAUUAUGGAGUAACUAGAAGAAUAACACACAAUGUUAGAUUUUUGCUAACCGUCGCCUUGUAACACAUAAACAUUGAGCAGAUAUAUGAUCACUAUUUUUCCAAAAUGAUUCUAGGUGUUCGUGUCUCUCUCUCUCUCUCUCUCUCUCUCUCUCUGUGCUGUUUUACAGGACCAAGAACAUGCUACAGUGUGUGUGUGUGUGUGUGUAUCUCGUGACCCAGUACAGUCAUAGUAUCAGUUAUCUUUUAGAAAAAGUAGAUGAUAAAAUAAACCAGGUUUAAAGUGCAAUUAUACAGUAGAUUCCAUCUGGUUUUGUAGCUUUACGAAUUUCAGGAAGUUGUAACUGGUAUUGAUUGUCAAACUGCACAACAUUUUAUCAACUUAUCCUGCGCAAAGUCUGUUUAGAGAGAGAGUGAAACUGGCCAGAGCGUGUUCGUGUAAAGCCUAGCUGUCAGUCUUUCAUGUAAAUCAUCCUUAGUUUAUUGCUGUUCUCCAGAAUGAAAUAAAAUAUUGUAUAAUGUCCCAAAA